CGACAAUGUCGUAUCCAAAGUCAAGGAUUGACAUGCCAUCAGGUACUUUUGUGAAGACCCCCACUAGGAAGAUAAUGUGCCAGGAGACUAUAAAUUCAUGGAACCCUCUACGUGCUGCAUGUAGGCUCUUCGGUCCCAUACCAUAAGCCAAUUUACAUACACGUAUCUGCUUUCCUACGCCGUGUUUCUUUGUAUCUCUCAUCCCCGACUCCCCUUCCAGCAGAAUAAUGGCCGAUGCAACAGCUGAAGAGGGGAACGCUCCGAUCAUCGUCGAUGAUACGAUCUCUGAAUUGGACUCGACCUUCAGCGAUGCCGGGAGCGACACUACCUCCCUCAAAUCCAGCGUUCUCAAGUACCGUUUCGAGCAUGGACGUAGAUAUCACGCUUUCCGUGACGGACGGUACCUCAUGCCGAAUGAUGAGAAAGAGCAGGAUCGCAUGGAUAUCCUCUCAUAUCUCUUUAUACUGGCAUUGGAUGGGAAGCUGUUCCUGGCCCCUAUAGGCGAUCAUCCACAGCGGAUCCUUGAUCUGGGCUGCGGGACAGGGCAGUGGGCAAUCGAUGUAGGGGAUAUGCUGCCCUCUGCUCAGGUUAUUGGAAAUGAUCUGAGUCCAAUCCAGCCUUCCAUGGUUCCCCCCAACGUGCAAUUCGAAGUUGAUGACAUAGAAAGUGACUGGGCUUUCAAAACCCCUUUUGACUUCAUUCACUCCCGGUACAUGUCCUCAGCAGUGAAGAGCUGGCCCCGGUUGUUUCAGCAGACAUUCGAACACCUCAAGCCUGGAGGAUAUUUUGAAUUUCUUGAUUUUGACUUUAAUUACCGUUCUGAUGAUGGCUCUGUGAAGGAGACCCAUGACAUGUAUAUCAAUGCUGCUGAAUAUAUCCGCGCAGCUAACAUAUUAGGGCAAGAACCAUGCCCAGGGCCAAAAUUAAAAGCCUGGGCAGAAGAUGCUGGGUUUGUGAAUAUCAAGGAGCGAAGACUUAAAAUUCCAAGUGGUCCCUGGCCAAAGGAUCCUACAUUGAAAGAACUGGGUGCCUGGCACCAGAUCCAAGCACUGGAAGGCAUUGAAGCAUGGACCAUGGGGCUGUUCACUCGCGUACUUGGAUGGUCUCCGGAGGAAGUGCAGGUGCAUCUUGCCAAAGCACGCAAGGAUAUCCAGAACCCAGAUCUCCAUGGAUACGUGUUGCUGUAUGUCGUAUACGGCCAGAAACCGAAGGAAGAAAAGGAAAAGACCUUCGAAUAGAGUCUGAAUGAAUGAUGUCUGCAUGUAAUGGCACCGAUGAACUGAAUUUGGAUAGUUCUCUUGGAAUGCGUCAUGUACUGCCUUUCGAGCGUUUGUCCUUCGAAAAUGCCCAUUACGAAUGAAUCCGGG